GGGGGAGGAACGGUUGGAGUCGUGAGUCUGUGAGGAGUUGGAGCGUUCGUCCGUCCGUCCGUCUGCGUGGGGUUUGUGUGUGUGUGUGGGGGGACUGCAGCUGCAUCCUAAACAGCAUCCCAAAAUGGCGACUGUUUCAGAGUUGGAAGAGGUGAUCCAGCAGCUUCGGCAGCAGCUCCAGGAGUCAGAAAGUGAGAGGAUGAAGGCAGCUCAGUAUGGGCUAGAGCUGCUGAAAAAUGAGGCUGAGCUGGACAGCAAAUUGACAGAAACGACAAAUGAAUUUGCUACUGUCAGAGAGCGCUUGGAGCAGGAAAAAUAUUCAUUGCAACGAGAGGUGGAACUCAAGACCCGUUUGAUGGACAGUAUGAAUUCGGAUAUUGAGAGCAUCAAACAGCAACAAAAAACCCAGCUGAGUCAACAACUGGAACAACUAGAAAGAGUUCAUGGUCGUGAAAUCAAUGAACUGAAGAGCAAGUUGGAUAAACAGAAGUCUGAGCUGGAUGAAACACAGCUUUGUGAGAAGCAGCUGAGACACAAACUGGAUCGCCAGAGCGAAUUACUUCAUGCUAAGACUGAAGAAUUGAGGAACUUAUCUGAGCGUGCUCAGGAAACAAUGUCAUCUGAAGUGAUGAGCCUUCAAGUGGAGAACAUGGAACUUGAAGCUGCCAAGGGGAAACUGCAGGAAGAUCUUAAUGAAAUGAUGUACCAUCAGGAACAGUUGGAACUAGCUAAUAAUAAUCUUCAGCGCCAGGCUGAGCGACUACAAGAGGAGAACGAGGAACAAGAGAGAGAGACUGUUUCAUACUGCAAUGCAUUGGAGAAAGCAAGAGUGGCUAACCAGGAUCUCCAAAUCCAGUUGGAUCAGGCACUACAAGAGGCUCGUGACCCCAACAGUAAAGGGAACUCGCUGUUUUCUGAGGUGGAAGAUCGUAGAGCAAUGAUGGAACGACAGCUUAUCGGUUUAAGAAUCCAGUACCAGUCUCUGCAGAAACAGCAUGCAUUCUCCCGUCAACAGCUUCACCGAAUGAAGGUGCAGAUAGCCACGAUGUUACAAAUAAAGGGCUUGCAGUCAGAUCCUGGACAACUGGAGCGCUUGCAAUCGAUGCUUGCACAGAAGAACAAUGAGAUUCAAGCACUGGUGGUAAAACUGCGACGCCUAGAGAAAAUGGAGAUGAAUUAUGAUGCUGGGGAUAAUCAUAAUGGAGUUGAUGUUUCAGAUUUUGGUGAUGGACAAUACUACGUUGAAUUGCUUAAACUGCAAAUAGACAAUGCCAAGAAAGAAAAUAAGACCGUGAAUGAUGAGCUCUCUUUGCAACGCAUGAAGGCUCUUGCAGAGAGUCAGCGUGUCUUAGAAGUCGAACGUAAAUUUUAUGCCAAUGAGAGACAGCUGAAACAAUAUCAGAGUGAAAACAUGAAACUUCGAAUCAAACUGGAUGAGUUGAGGCUUAAAUAUGAACCUGAAGAAGUUAAGAGUCGGCCACAGAACCGCAGGAAAGAGAAAAUUCCAUUUGAAGUACUCGAAGAAGCUCAGCUGGCAUCCAGCAAGACUCCUGUUGUUGAAGCUACUCUCUCAUCUGAUAAAACAGCUGACACCACAAGUGGACAGACUGAUGUGCUAUGUAAUGAGAUUUUGGCUCCAAGCUCUGAACCAGUCAUUCAAACAGUGCCAGCCUCUGCCAUUGACAAACAAAUUACAGAACUGGAACCUGCCUGUAAACAGCUACCUUCUAAAGAAGGCAAGCGGGUGCGGAUGUUGCAAGAAGCAAAUGAUGUACAAGUUCUGUCUGAACGGAGCAACAAUGAAGUCCCUAGGCCAUCGCCCUCCCCAAGAUCGGUGCUGUCUCCAACGGGCUAAACUGGCACUUCAAAUAUAGGUCAUCUGAUAAGAGACUGCUUCCACAAUAACAUUUUUGCUCAGUCACUAAAAUACUAUGUGUGAACUGCUAGAAUUUCUGUAUGUAACCUGUUUCUGGUCUGUACUAGGACUGCAAUUCUCAAGAGUUCUGAAGGGUCUCGUUGUCCCCUGCACCCCCUUUUUUUUCUGAUCCUCUCGGCCUGCUCCCUACCUCUUCCCCUUGCUCCUGCCCCCACUCUCUUUUUUUCCCCCUCAUCCUCUCAACUUUUCCCAGAGAUCUAAAUUCUUUGUCUUUUAUUAUCUUAUCUUCUACUGUGCUAAGAAGUUGCAUGCAACUAGGAAUGGACAAUAAAUGCAACAUUGCCAACUUCCUGAGAACAGUACUGAUUCUCUUCCGUUUGAAUAUCCGUUUGAAUAUUUUGUAGCAUUUUCAUGCUGCAGAGUGCAUAAAACUGCACUGGAAAAAUUCUUCCCGUAAACUAGCAAUACUCUUCUUCCACUGCCUUGCUGCUGUGAGCAGCUUCUUAGCAGAAACAGUCCCAAAUGGGUUAUGUUAUCCAGAAUUGAGUUGCAAAGAUAUGGUCUCUGAAAUUAUUCAGCGUACUUGAUCUGUUUUUGUCAUAUUUCCAUUGAAGCGGUCAAUAUUUUAUACCCUAAUACUCUGGAAUAUAUGCAUUUUAUAACUUCAUCCCUUCCCUGAGAAAAGGGGGGGGUGGGAGUGCGGUAUUGCUUCCACUUAUGUAUUUUAAGUUUGUAAAGCAUUACGCAGAUUGAAGAUCUCCAAAAGAAGCAAGUAACAAUGUUUCCUUUUUUAUAUCAUGAACACAAAUUUACAACCACAAAUUCCAGUAUUUCCAAGGUACCUAUUCCCUCAGUCUUUUGCUUUCAUGAAAAAAAUUGACCAUUCAACAGCUCCACACCUCCAGAAAAUUUAGAUUUUGUUUUUGCCAAUAUAACUUUAAAUGCUGGGUCAGCACUCAGUGCUGAAUAUAAAUACUGAGUUAUGUAUUUCAAAGGAAAAUUGUCUGUGCAGUAGCACCACUUCUUGGACAAAGAAUGCAUUUCUACUGGUUAAGUAGGGUUAAGCAGAUUUUCUCUCCAGAAAAAUUUGAGAUGCAUUUUAACAUUUAAAGACAUAUUUAUUGCAAUUUAUUUGGGUGGACUGAGGUGUUUGAGUCUGAUGGUCAUAAUGGGAAUCAGUUGGGAUUUAGUCUUUUAGUGACCCUUCGGAAUAAGCUGCGAUAUCAUAAAGGAAUGUAAAAUGUUUUGCAUGGCAUGCUUAAAUAUUAAGUAAGUGUCCCAUAAAGGAUAUGGUCAAUCUUGGCAACAGUGCGUUGGAACCAAUCGCUAGAAGCCACCUGAUUGUCUUUCUAAUUCUGAGAGUGAAUCAUUCCUAUUAGACUUGAACAAAGUUAUGGAAGCACUGACUUUUCUAACUAAAUUACAAAUAUUGUAUAUACCUCUUGUAAUUGGCCAGAUAUAAAAUACUUACCUUUCCCAUUCCUAUUGUGAUCUUGAUUCACUGUUGUGGUAUCCUAUAGUUUAUGCUAUAACAUUUAGUUUUUUCUUUGUAUGAUGGGCAACUAUAUUAAAAUAACUGCAUAAGAAACCUUCACUGCCCUGUAUUAGGCAUGUAGUCUAAUGAAUUUGACGAUACAAAUAUUUCAGCUGUUUUUUUCCCCUCUUCUCUGCUGGAUUCGAGUUGAAGGUCCAAUUUUAACACUGAUUUGGAAAGAGAUUUCUCACAGCUCCCAACCUUGUGUUAGCCCUCCAGGGACAUGGGCAUGAUCUGCAUAGUGGGUGAAGCAACUUUUGCUGAGCAAGAUUACAUGCAAUGUUAUUGCCAAUAGGCAAGUUUGAAAGCUAGCUAGCAUUCCUUGAACAUUUACAAGUUAUUUAUUUUAAAUCUUGCAUAAUUGCACCUUUUUACGUACAAAAUAUGCAUAAACGUUACCAUGAAUUUUGGAUUUUUAUCUUUGGCAUUAAAUGUACCUGUGUAAACACUUUAUAAUAGCAUAACCCUAAUGUAUAUGUGUAAACACUUUAUAAUAGCAUAACCCUAUGUCAACAGUUGCCUAACGUUUCUUGUUGGUGAACCAGUCAGAACAUUAAAAAAAUUGCUACUUAAAA